AUGAAGAACGUCAAUAGUCGAAGCAAAGUCUUUUCUUCCUGUUCCUCUCAUCUCAUGGUCAUUUGCUUGUUCUAUGGCACUUUGCACACACCUAUGUACUUUUUCUUGGGGAACCUGUCAGCAGUGGACAUCUCUUUCUCUACAGUGUCAGUUCCCAAGCUCCUAUCCGGCAUUCUUCAUAGAGGAGCCUCCAUCUCGUUCCAUGGCUGUUUCCUGCAGAUGUACUUCUUUGUGUUUCUGGGCACCACUGAGACUUUCCUUCUGUCAGUCAUGGCGUUUGAUCGAUAUUUGGCCGUUUGUUUCCCCUUACGCUACAUAUUGUUAAUGAAUGAUAAGGUUAUGUUCAUACUGAAUGGUAGUUGCUGGGUGGCAGGAUCUCUACAAUCAUUGUUGUACACCUAUAGUAUAUCACAACUAACCUACUGUGAGGACAGACUGAUCCCUCACUUCCUAUGUGAUGUGGCACCCCUCAUCAAGCUGUCUUGCUCCAGUACAAUGCUAGUUGAGCUUGUUAUAUACAGCGAAGGUUACAUGAUUGCUACCAUUCCAUUUCUUUUCAUACUCAACUCCUAUGUGCUCAUUGCAAGAGCUAUACUGAAGAUGAAGAGCAGAAGCAGCCGAAGCAAAACCUUUUCCUCCUGCUCUUCUCAUCUCACGGUCAUUUGUCUGUUCUAUGGCAGCAGCAUCUUCAUUUACUUGCGCCCACCAUCAAACUACUCCUCCAAGUAUGAUCGCAUUGUCAGCAUGGCUUACAUCAUCAUCACACCUAUGCUGAAUGCUUUUAUUUACAGCCUAAGGAACCAAGAUGUGAAACAGGCUCUGAAGAAACUUAUCAUGCAAUGA